GACUUAUCUCCUUGUGUUAUUCUGCAACCCUACCCAUCCUUUUUCUUACUAUUCAAGGGUGCCAGCUCACCGGAAAGCUCUAUGGUCUUUGUAGAUCGGGUCAGUUUACGAAAUGAUCGAGUUAAAUUGCUGGAGAAAGGUUCUCCCCAUGGCCUUUGUCUCAUGGAGUCUGGUAAGUUGCUACCUGGUGUACACGUUGCCAUAGCCAACCCUGACACUUUGGGUCAAUGCGCUGAUUCGCAUCUUGGUGAAAUAUGGGUUUCUUCACCUCACAAUUCACCUAGUCUUUUAGGACCAUACCAAUGCUCCAAUCUCCGCAACGAGCUAUCCUCCUCUUCAUCUUCUCCUUCUGCUACCUCUACCACCAGCUCAUCAAAUUCAUCUUCGUCUGCAACCGGCACCACUUCGGUUACAGUGAAUGGCGAUAUUCAUGAGGGCACUUCGCAAUCUAUGUCUCAGCAACAAAACAUAUCAUCUGGAUCGGACAUUCUUCAUGCCCGACUGGCUACUGGAGAUGUUGAGCGUGAGUAUGCAAGAACUGGAUUCUUGGGCUUCGUUCGGCGCACCGAGAUGACUCAAUCGGACGGAGGUAGGCUGGCUUUUUAA